GUGUGUGGGGCCCUCGAAUCGGUGGCGGUGUUUAUAAGGGGGCCCGCGGAGGAGUCGGGAGACGUCCUUCUAACGACUGAUCCUCAUUUUUCUUUCGUGCGAAGGAAGGAGGGAGCGAAACGGAGAGAGAGAGGAGAGGGAUGGUGCUGUUGACCCGUAAGCUAGUGCAGAGGCUGGCCCUCUUAGUGACUUUUGGUGGCUUGGUCACCACCUUCGUCACCACGUUCCUGCCCUUGUGGAAGACCCUGAAUACGGACCUGAACGAGAUGGAGAACUGGUACGAGGGCUUGUGGCACAGCUGCAUCUUCACGGAGGAGGUGGGGCUGCAAUGCAAGGCCUUCGAUUCGCUGCUGGCCCUUCCCGCAGAUGUACUGGCGUCUCGGGUGCUCAUGCUAGCAUCCAUAGUGACGGGUGCGCUGGCGGUCGCCGUGGCCUUCUUCGGGCUGGACGGCGUCGAGCUGGGACCCGGGCACCGGCGCCUCAAGCGGGGGCUCCUGGUCCUGGGUGGCGUGCUGUCCUGGGUGUCGGGCAUCACCACCCUGCUGCCCAUCUCCCUGGUGGCUUAUGUGACGGUGGUUGAGUUCUGGGAUGAGAGCCUGCCUGACGUCGUGCCCCGCUGGGAGUUCGGCGAGGCGCUGUUCUCCGGCUGGUUUUCUGGAUUGUUCCUCAUCAUAGGAGGCUCCUUUUUCUUCGUUUCUUUAUGCAUGGACGACUGCUCUGAGCCCCUGAGCCCCCCCAGCACCCAGGAAAUGCCGAGGAUUCAGCACUACCGAAAGACAGAAAUCCUAUAGCUUUCUUUCAUAGCUGGAAAUACUUUAAAUUCAAAAUUUCAAAUGGCCAAACAUCAUAGUACUUCAUUUAAAGUCAGAAGGUCUAGAGUGGUGUUAAUGUUUGAGAUAUUUCCAGUGAUUUAAAGCCAAAGACCAAAGUAUUUCUGUUUAGUGAAAUGGGGGGGGGGGAGACCCUGUAAUCCCGGAGACCAUGUUCUUUGUGUGUCAUUUCAUGUUCGAGUUCUUUGCAUCUUUUACCCCCCAGUUCCAUUCUGCAUGCAAAUCUAUCAACUGAACUGAGCAAACAGCUCACUUUAUGGUCUAGGUUUUUAUUUCAAAAAUAAAAGAAUAAGCAUUUGAGAAUGCAGAUGAGGCUUCUGUUAUACCAAUGUGAUAUCUAUUUCAUUUGCACUUCUCGGUUUCCAUGUAUCACAUAAAAUGGAAUAAUCCUGCAGGCAGCAAGGAUUCGUAUGGAGAUCUAUUAACAAUGAGCUGAUUCUCUGUCUGGCUGGUUAAUCUGAUGCUUACUGGAUGGUCUUUUUGGGCGCUGACUGCAUUCACGGUGAGACCCAAAAUUGUUCCUGUCUGCAUGCCAUCAUCUUCUUUGUUCAUGACUUAAAGCAGCAGAAAUUAUUCACCUGUUAUCUACUUCCAUGACUCAUGUAAUUUAAUAUCUGUCAUAUCAACUUUCAAAGAAAGAAUAUUAUUAUUAUUAUGAAUAAUUUUUUUAAAUUCCUCUUUUGGACUGACAUGUUUGCUGAUCUGGGGAACCUGAAGAUUUAGGUAAAAACGUACAUUUAAAUGGACAAGGGACUGCAUUAUAUUACCACAGGUCAUCAAUUGAACAACAAAAGAUCUAAACAAAACUUCUAGAAAAUGGUGGUUAAUAGUAUCAAUUUAAUUAGAUUUUAAUGUUGAAUUCCUGCUUGAUAGUUAAUGCCAAGAGAAUGAAAUUGCAAAAAAAUAUUGCGUUGCAUGCAGUUCCAUUAUGUUAUUCGGCCCCAUGAUUUUGUUUUGACAUGAUCUGAGUCCUGUGGUCCAGCAUAUUUAAAUGAAGAAAGCAAGUUACACUGAUUAUAACCCUAUAGUUGAGCAGCUAACGUAGACACACUAUGAGGUUUGAUUUUAUCAGGAACAGAGAAUUUAGUCAGGGUGGUGCUGGCCAGUUGUGUGUGUGUGUGUGUGUGUGUGUAUGUGUAUGUGUGUGUGUGUGUGUGUGUGGAUCGCUGGAGAACUUACCUGGUUCAGAAAUCCUAGGUCCCUAAUGUGCUUUUUGGCACACCAAUACUAAGUCUAAUGAGAGGCAGAAAAGAGAAAAGAGGCAAAUAGCAAGUAAAGACCAGGACCCGAAGGGAGGACUCCAUGGCUGGACUUCAAGAUGAUGUGAUAGUCCUGUCCUGUCCUCCUUCCAUCUGCUGGAAUUCAUUUCCUGGCAACUGAAAGGCCUCUAUUUUGACUCUUAAGGUUUUGAUUUUCCUAGAACACCUCACCACAAAUCAGAAUAAAGGACAAAUGUCACCCUAUUAAUCUGGUCAAUGUCUUGCUAAAUAUGAACAUUAAUGUCUGUGGCUUUCAUGUCUAAACUUACAGUUUAGAAUUUUUAAUUGAGUGCAUCUUAAUUGUAGGUGACAACAGUGAUUUAACAAAGGCCUACUACACUCUGGUUUUGGAUUUCCAAGCAAUACUUGCAUUUAUCCAUUAUUUAAACUAAAGUUGUGACUUCUUAU